AAGAAAUUAAAGUGUAUUACUUUGAUUCCAAUUACAAGAGAAAGGCAAUGAAAGUUUCCCAAAGGAUAAACUUUGCAGAAAACUGGGUGUUAGCAGUUUGACGUGCAAACUGGGUGCCUUCCAGACAUAGUAGAAUAUGCUCAAAACAUUUUCCUGAAGAAAUGAUUGACUGAACUUCUCUUUCACGUGUCAGGCAAUGAGAAAAUGCUGUACCUUCAGUCUUCGAUUUUCCAUCUGAACUUUGAAAGGUUAGGGAAGUUAGAGUAUUAAUAUGCCAAAAAAAGUAAGAGGUAUUACUGGAAAUUCACAAAGAAAAAAAAGAGCUGAAGGUUUAAGACGAUUAAGAGCAAAAGAAAGUGAAGAAGAGCGCAAUAGAAGAAGAAGGCGAGAUGCAGAACGUCAUAUUCUCGCAAGAAUUCUAGAAACUCCGGAACAAGCCAUUCAAAGAAAAGCCAGGGAUGCAGAACGUCAUCGUCAAAAGAGAGCCUUGGAAACUCAGAAAAGAGUUGAGGAGACAAAGUUAAAUCAAGCAAAAAUUAAAGAAACACAGGAUGUUACCGUUCGGGUCAAAUUGGGAAAAUCCAGCCCUCAUAAUUGCAGCCAAAAGCAGCGUAACCAUGCAUCUGAAUUGCCAAGACUAAGCGAAGCAUUAAUGAAGCACAUCUGUUACAACCCCCAAAAUUGA